CCCUCCGCGCCCCUUCAAAACUCGGCGCAGCGAAGCCGGGAGUCACUUGCGACUCAACCUCCGGAAGAAUCGCGGCAGCGCCCGUCGUCGCACUGGAAAGUCGAGUCGAAGAAGGAAUUCCGAAAAGAGUGAAGAUGCAGCUGCUAUUGGCUUCUGUCGUGCUGCUGUGGCUGGGCGCAGUAGCGUCGGCGGAGGAGACGGUCGAGGUGCAGCUCCAGCAGGGCGCCAUUGUGGGCUCGAGGUCCGAGGCCAAGGGCGGCAGGGCCUUCUACGGCUUCCAGGGCAUUCCCUUCGCCCAGCCUCCGGUCGGGGCGCUCAGGUUCAAGGACCCCGUGGCCGCCGGGGCGUGGGAGGGCGUGAGGAACGGCACCGUGGCCCCGCCCUUGUGCCCGCAGCCGGACGCGCCCUCGGAUUGGACGCAAGAGGACUGCCUCUACCUCUCCGUGUACACGCCGCAGCCCAACCGGACCGAUCUCCCCGUGAUGGUGUGGCUUCCCCAGGGAGGCUUCAUCAGCGAUGUGACGCCCCUGUUCCAGCCGGAGUUCCUCCUGGCGAAGGACGUGGUCCUCGUCGUCCUGCAGCACCGCCUCGGCGUCUUGGGAUUCUUGUCGACCGAGGACUCAGAGCUCCCUGGCAACCUGGGGCUGAAGGACCAGGCGCUGGCCCUCCGCUGGGUGCAGGACAACAUCCGCGACCUCGGUGGCGACCCAGACAAGGUCACCAUCUUCGGGCAAAACGCUGGGGGCGCGGCAGUGCAUUACCACAUGUUGUCUCCCAUGUCCAGUGGCCUGUUCCAGCGAGCCAUCAUGCAGUCUGGGGCGGCACUGUGUCCCUGGGCGCUUCGGGAGGACCACCGGCAGGUGGCCUUCAGCUUCGGCAGCAUGGUGGGCUGUCCGGGCGAGCGCGGGGAGGCUGCCAACAGCACUGCGCUGGUCGACUGUCUUAGGGAGGUCCCUGUCAAGCAGCUGAUGGCUGUGCAGCCCUACAUCAUGCCCUCCCCGUACGCCCUGACGCCCCGCGUGGACGGCGAGUUCCUGCCCGACCACCCCGCCACGCUGGUCAGGGAGGGCCGCUACAACCGCGUCGACGUCCUGUCCGGGGUGACGCGGGACGAAGGAGCUCUCAACGCCAGAGCGUUUGUGGAGGACGGUGUCGUGGACAGUAUGAUCCAGAACUUCAGCCUCGUGGGACCCCCCGCCCUCGGCUUCGAGGCCUGGGACGACGACCCCGAGUACCUGGCCCGCCUGGCCUUCCACAGGUACCUGGGGCCCAUGGAGUUCGACUUGACCAAGAUCGAUCCUCUCGUCAAGCUCCUCGGCGACAGCUUCUACAGCAUGUGCAACGUGGAGACCAUCGAGCACCACGCACGAGACACCGCAUUCGGUUACCGAGUCUUUGCUUACGAGCUGCAGCACCGCGGAGAGCACGCCUUCUCCGACCUGUUCAGGGGACCCUCGCCCGCCUGGAACCUGGCCUACGUGGGCGAUUCGGACGACCUACAGUACCUCUUCCCCUUCGAUAAGCUUAACAUCAGCCUGAGCAAGGACGAGGACCUCUUCGUGUCCCGGAUCAUGGUGGAUCUCUGGACCAACUUCGCCGCCACCGGGAACCCGACGCCCGACCUGGCCCUGGGCUUCAAGUGGACGCCGACCUCGACAUCGAGCCUCUCCUACCUCGGCCUCACCUCCGCCCCCGCCAUGAAGGUCUACGACAGGGAUCAGGACAUCGAAUUCUGGAGGAAUCUCCCGAGGAAGAUGAACAAGCUGCUGUACCCGGACCGCUUCUCCAAGGACCGGAAUCCUGCGCGCCUGAGUCUCAGCCUUGUCCGAAGAACUUCCACUCGUCUGACGCUGGAGACAAACACCGAAGAGUCGAGAGUGACGUCUCCCUUGGUUUUUCUCGCCAGACGGUUUAUCCCUACAUUCCUCCUGACAUCAGCAAGCGCCAACGCCCAGCACAGGCUUCGCUUGCUGCUUCUUGACGCCACUGGGAUUCCGCCUCGAACCUCCCUCAGCGCUGGGCGUGACGGGAUUAAGCUGUUGGAGACACAUUGCGAGAAUUAUGAACCAAUGGGAGUUGCACUUAGCCGUCACGUGACGAUAGACACUAACAACCAGUCUAUUAAAGCCAGUAAGAUUGCAGCACAUAAUCACGUGAGCAUAGAAGCUGGACCCAAGGGAAGUCAGAUGAAGUUCAAACCAGUUUCGCCAUGGUUAGGUUGUGUGCAAGUCUUCAGAAUGAGGUCGUGGGUCGUCGUGCUGCUGAUCGUGACGACCUCCUGGACAGCCCAGGGUCGUACCUCCGAACCCGUGGGCGUUACCUACGACCACACUGACGCCCAGGACGCCGUGACUCCUGGCGACGACUCCACAGAAGCCCCAGAAGGGUCCGUGGAGGUCGUGCUUCAACAGGGCCGCAUAAGGGACGGUGGGCCGGAGCGCUUUUCAGGGGCGCCAGAAAGUCUACGCUUUGCAAGGGCAUUCCCUUGCCCGGCCGCCCGUGGGGGACCUGCGGCUCAGGUCUUCAGAAUGAGGUCGUGGGUCGUCGUGCUGCUGAUCGUGACGACCUCCUGGACAGCCCAGGGUCGUACCUCCGAACCCGUGGGCGUUACCUACGACCACACUGACGCCCAGGACGCCGUGACUCCUGGCGACGACUCCACAGAAGCCCCAGAAGGGUCCGUGGAGGUCGUGCUUCAACAGGGCCGCAUAAGGACGGUGGGCCGGAGCGCUUUUCAGGGGCGCCAGAAAGUCUACGCUUUCAAGGGCAUUCCCUUCGCCCGGCCGCCCGUGGGGGACCUGCGGCUCAGGGACCCCGUGGCAGCGCCCCCGUGGCCAGGCGUCCGCGAUGGCACCAUAACCCCCCCGAAGUGCCUCCAGCGGGAAUACAACGGCACGUCCUUCUUCGUCACAGGACAAGAGGACUGCCUCUUCCUCAGCGUCUACACUCCGAGGCCUUCGCAGACCGCCGCCCUCCCCGUCAUGGUGUGGUUCCACGGAGGCGGCUUCAGGUCAGGGAGCGGCGCCCCCUACCCCCGCCUGGCCGACGAGGGCGCGGUGGUCGUCGUGGCUGCGCAGUACCGCCUCGGACUCCUGGGAUUCUUGUCGACGGAGGACGAGGUACUCCCAGGCAACCUAGGAUUGAAGGACCAGGCGAUGGCCCUCGGCUGGGUCAAGGAAAACAUCCGUGACCUCGGCGGCGACCCACACAAGGUCACCAUCUUCGGCGAGUCAGCGGGGGGGGCGUCGGUGCACUUCCACAUCCUGUCUCCUAUGUCGGAAGGCCUCUUCGCGCGGGCCAUCAUGCAGUCUGGCUCGGCCCUGUGUCCUUGGGCCCUGGCCACCAACCACGCUAAGAUGGCCAUCGAGGUCCUGCAGAGACUGAACUGCUCCGACACGUCCUUCCCGCCCCUGGACAGCCAAGGACUCCUCGCGUGCCUGCAGGAGACUCCCGCCCACGUCCUGUUGGAGCUGCCAAGUGCGGAGCUGAAAAUCUCCGAGUUCGCGCCGCGGGUCGACGGGGCGUUCCUUCCGGCCCACCCGGCGACGCUGCUGCAGGAGGGGAGAUUCAACGCCGUCGACAUCCUCUCGGGCACGACGCAGCACGAAGGCGCCUCCUUCGUGGACUACUUCUUCUCGAGGGCCGAAUUCCCGCGCUACGUCAACGACUACUUCACGACGGCCGCCCCGGAGAUGCUGUUCCUCGAGGACGGCGAUUCCCCGGCCUACCUCGCCCGCAGGAUCUUCUUCCAAUUCGUGGGCGGCCUCAGGGCCUCCCGGGACGACGAGGAGGCGCUGGUGGAGAUGUUCGGCCAGAGGUUUAACAUCGCCUGCCAGGAUGAGACGGCGCUCCUGCACGCACGCACCUCGCCCAACAUGGUCUUCGCCUACGAGUUCAGACACCGCCCCUCCGGCAGACACAAAUACGUGGGUCACCUGGACGACCUCCCGUUCCUGUUCGAGGGCGUCGCCCCCCCGCUCUCGCGCCCUGAGGACCUCUUCGUCAGCCGCCUCCUGCUGGCCAUGUGGACCAACUUCGCCCAGACGGGGAACCCGACGCCCGACCUGAGCCUCGGAUUCCGGUGGGCGCCCAUGAGCAGCGGGUGCCUCAGCUUCCUGGCCAUCACGCCCACGCCCACCAUGCAACACGACGCACGCCAGGAGGUUCGAGCCUUCUGGAACCACCUGCCGCUGCCCCAGAACAGGCUCCUGUACCCUGCCCACUUCGCCCGCAACGUCUCGCCGAUGCCAUGCCCGCCCACACGCUGAGGGAGGGGGGGGCGG